AUGGGCAGCUUUCGCCGUCGACUACCUCCAACACCCUUGGAUUUGGCAAAUGGAAGAUUAUCUGGUUCUCAGGAUGCAAUAUUAAUACCCCCACUUUCCGAGGAUGUUGGAAAUGGAAGUGUAACACUCCCACCAAGUAGGAGAACAAGUUCACCUAGAAUAUUACCAACACCUCCAUCACCUUUACAACAAUUCUCCCCAAAUUCUAGAGGAAUUCAAAAUUCUUCUAAUAUGAACUUAUCUUACAACGACGAGAAUGUGGGUUAUCAACAACCACCCCCUGCUAGCCCUUUUGAAAGGCGUCGCUCAGUUCGACGUCAACUACCUCCAGAACCCCCAAAUAUUCAACAAUACGACUCUACCCCGAAACUUAUAAUUGUCAAUAAUAAUUCUUCACAUCAAAUAACUAAAAGACAAUUGAGCGGGGAAACAAAAAGUAAUAAAAUUGAAGGAAUUGCAACGCUAACUAUUGAAGAAAAUGUAGAGAAUGGGAAUGGUUUACAGAGGAGUUGUUCUACUAGAAGUACACGUCGAACAAAAGGAAUGGAAGGAGAGAAGAAUAUGAGAGGGACUAGGUAA